GAGCGGUGGUUUCCCUUGCGUUCACUUUAGUUUUCAGUCUUUGUUUCACACCGGACGUAUUUUGGAGGCUGCACUACAACUAUGGACGCGGUGUCCCAGCGUGUUUUGGAAUAUUUGACUGAAGUUGAAGAGGUAGCUGAAGAUGUUCUCACCACUAAACAGCAGAUUGUGGACCUGGACACAAAGAGAAACAGGAACAGGGAGGCGCUUAAUGCACUGAAACAUGACGUGGCAGAUUCAGAGAAAGUGAAGGUUUGCUUGGGAAGCAUGUUCAUCAAAUUCUCCAAAUCCAAGACAACAGAGAUGAUUCAGAAAGACCAGGAGCAGCUGGACAAUGAGAUAAAUGAUCUUCGCAAAGGACUGAAAGCAAAAGUGAAUCGUCUCAAUGAGAUGCAAGGAAAACCUGAGCUGAGAGGAUACAGUCUUUCUCCUCUGUCCACUGAUGAAAUCAAGGCUAUUAGCAGCCUUUUGAAGAGAUGACGUGAAAUCAGCGAACUGCUUCAUAGCUCUCGGGAUAAACAGGACAUGUUGACAAGCUGUCAGAGAGCCUCGCCUGAAGCCCUCAGUUCAGAUGGGACCACAGUGUGCUAACCUCUGAUUCAGAUCAUCUAGAGAUUUGAUUAAUCAGUAACAUCUGUAAUUCACAUUUUCAUAACCUGCCAGUCGCACAUUUUUUUCUCUUUAUGUAACUUUGCUGAGAUGACUAAAAAAAAACAAAACAAUAGAAUUUAAAUGAAUGAAAGCUGUGAAAAAGUAUCAAAUGUGUAAAGUAUGCAGAGAGGUGAACUUGUACUCAGUUACAGUGAUGCAAAAACUUUAUUUAAAUGCCAUAUUGAUACACAACACUGCCUCAUUAGCCUCAUUCUUCAACAGACGCAUCAACAUCUGCCACGGCUGAUGGUCACUGUCAUAUUACGAUUCUGACUCCAGCACUUUUCAGAACUCUGAUCAGCGUCGGCUUUGAAGGGUGGCUGCACCUCGAGCGAGCGAAUUCUGUAGAAAUUAGAAAUAAAGGGUAGUUUUAUAGUAAGAACUGUUUAUUAGCCCUCGCUGUCUCACAGGAUGCGUUACUACUGGUGUGAAGGCUUUGGAGGCAGACAGUGAACAUAGGCUCUGUUGCCGCUUCUGAUUUCUUUUUCCAAAUUGUUUGGAAAACACGUGACUUUGACACACUUUUCCAAUAAACAGCAGCCAUCGAUCUUCCAUGCAUGUCACAGCGAGGGCUGCUGU